UUUAACAUGAUGGGUUUAAGCUUCCAUUUAUGUUUCUUGGUUUUGUGUGGGAGUCUUAUUAUCCCAACCAAAUGCCUUGCUCAAACCUGCCUGCCGGAGGAUCAUGUUGCCUUGUUCAUUUUCGGGGAUUCACUUUUUGAUGCUGGAAACAAUAACUAUAUCAAUACCACCACUGAUUUCCAGGCAAAUGUUUGGCCCUAUGGGGAAACUUUCUUUAAGUACCCCACUGGGAGACCUUCUGAUGGCCGUCUUAUUCCAGAUUUCAUAGCUGAGUAUGCAAAGUUGCCAUUGACUCCCCCAUAUCUACACCCUGCUGGUUAUCAUCGAUAUACUGAUGGAGCUAACUUCGCAUCAUCAGGAGCUGGUGCUCUCGUUGAAACUCAUCCAGGAUUUGUGAUAGACCUAAACACUCAACUCAAAUAUUUCAAGAAUGUGGAGACGAUGUUGAAACGAAAAGUAGGUGAAACACAAGCCAAGAAAUUGUUGUCGAGAGCUGUUUACUUAAUUAACAUUGGAGGCAACGAUUACUUAGCCCCUUUCACUACAAACUCCAGUGUGCUUCGAUCCUAUUCUCCUCAAGAAUAUGUAGAUAUGGUGAUUGGCAACUUGACAACCGUGAUCAAAGAAAUACACAAGAAAGGAGGAAGAAAAUUUGGGUUUCUAAGCGUGGCACCGCUGGGUUUUUUUCCAUAUACGAAAGCAUUAAUAGCACCAGGAAACAGUAAGCAAAUUACAGCACUGGUUAAACGGCAUAAUAAAACACUCUCUCAUGCCUUACAAAUCCUCACGAGCCAGCUGAAAGGAUUCAAAUAUUCAUAUACCAAUCUCUACAAUUCUAUCACCGAAAGAAUGAAUAACCCUUUAAAAUAUGGUUUCAAAGAAGGGAAGAUGGCAUGUUGUGGAACUGGUCCAUACAGAGGAAUUCCAAGUUGUGGAGGGAAGAGAUCAGUCAAAGAGUAUGAAUUAUGUGGGAAUGCCAGUGAAUAUCUGUUUUUUGACUCUAUUCAUCCAUCUGAAAAGACUAACGAGCAACUAGCCAAGCUAUUAUGGAAUGGAAAUCUUGAUGUCACAUGGCCUUACAAUCUAAAAGCACUUAUUGAACAUAAGUGAGAGGGAGAUUAAUUAACUCACAGUCAAUUUCAUUUUGUCUACUGCACUUUCCCUUCUAUAUAUGUCUUCUUUUGAAACUCAAGAGUUUGUUCUGAACUAUGUACUUGAGAAGAUGCAUUAAAGUAUUAAGAAUACAUUUA